GCCAUUUAAGCAGUAAGGGCGGGAGAGAGUUUCGUAGUGUCUCGCUCCCCUCCUGACUGAAGACAUGCGUCGUGCUCUGCAAGUACUGUUGGUGGCUACGGCGGCGGUGUUGGUGCUGGAGAAUGGACGACUGGUGGCAGAGGCAGCGCCUAGAGGCACGUAUUCUUACUCCAACGUUCACAAGACCGUGCCGAGCGCUGCUUACUCCUUCUCCACCAUACACAGGUCUAGCUCCAGGGGCAGCAACGCCGUAGCAUCGCCCACAGUACAGAGAACAGCAGCAGACACAUACAGGCAAGCAGGUCGUCAGCAGGUAACCGACCAUAGGCAAUACUUGGUUCCCGUCCAGAACACCCCGGAGGUGAAGAAGGCCCGCCAGGAGUUCUUCAGGCUCUACGCAAAGCAAGCCAGGUUGGCCGCCGAAGCGCCUGAUACUGAUGUGGUCGGCAGCCAGAGAUACACGCAGGCGAUGAUCGGGAGCCGAGCCUAUAGCGACGACGACCAGACCAACGUCCUUUACCGAUACUCCACUGACGACUCCGAAGAGGAGGAGGAGACCGAAGAAGGUGACGGAGAAGAUGAAGAGGAGGAAGAGAGAGAGGAAGAGGAGGAUGAUGAAGAGGAGGACGAGGAGGAAGAGGGUGAUGAUGAAUAUUCUGACGAAGAGGAUUCCAGUGACGAAAGCGAGGAUUCCAGUGACGAAGGCGAGGAUUCCAGCGAAGAAGGUGAGGAUUCUUCCUCAUCCGAAGAAGAUUACUUCGGGGACUCCUCCUCUAGCGAGGAGGAUGAAGGAGACGAAGAUAGCUCCUCGGAGGAAGGUUCUUCCUCGGAGGAGGGUGAAGACUCGUCUUCCUCCUCUGAGGAAGAUGGAUCCAGGUCCAUGAUCUGGGGUAGGAACGGGUGGGAGUACGAGAACAGAAUGGCCAACGCCCUCACCCCGAAGAGACUCAACCUGGUCACUCUAACGCCCGUGACUGACACCCUAGAAGUCCAACUGGCCAAGAAGAAGUUCUUCGAACUUUACAAAGCUCAGGCUGAGCUGGCCCACAACGCUCCCGACCACUGACCUCUGACCCAAGGCGACGAGGACAUUGGUGACCCCUGUUAGUGGACUGACCCUUGACUCUUGAUUCACCAAACUCGCCUUCCAUUAUUAACUACAGGAAUACCGAUAAAUACAUUACGAGGUGCUAAAAACAUUCAUCUAAGAGUCCCCAGGAUUCUCUCCUCAUACUUGCCCCAAUAACCAAGCAGUACUCAGUUUCUGCUUGUCAUAGUGUAGAAGGCGAGGUAUUGUAUUGGGUGAACAGGGUACUCAGGCUACUGCAGAAGUCGGUGAUGAUAUUUUUGUAAGCUUAAGGCAUUAAGGCUGUUAAGGAAGGGUUUCUUCCCGUUUAGUUUCGUAAUAGAAGAUUUAUAUGUCAAAACUAGCGUAGGUUGAAGGCUCACACACAUAUGGUCUUGUCGGGGAAGUAAUUUAAGAUGAACAAUUUGGGAACAAGUGAACUGGACCACAAAAUUUGGCCACAAGCGAAAAUCUAAAAUUCAAUUUACAUUUAUUGGCUGUGUUUUGUCAGUAUUCUGAAAUUGGCAGAAAACAAUAUUUACCGAUUAUUUUCUCCCUACUCCCCCCGACGCCUCACUGUGAGUUAGCCCAAAGAUGCUCUGAAAGUCAAAAGUAUAUAUUUUUAAGUAUGAUGUGCAGGGUGAAUGUGUGACGCUCAGCAGAAACUUCAUAAUCAUCAUCGCAAACUUCUCCGCAUUAUUAUCAUAGUCUCUCUCUCUCUCUCUCUCUCUCUCUCUCUCUCUCUCUCUCUCUCUCUUUAUUUUUCUCUCUUUCUUUUACACACAUACAGUCGCUUUUGCCUCUACCGCUGUCCAAAGGAAGAAGUUGAAAUGCCAGUCCAACAUAGUCUGCAUUUUUAAAUCUGAGUAAAGUACUGUACUUGGUCAGUUCUUCCUUCACUUCCGUAUCAAGUCAAUGAAUCUUCUCUCAAAACAUCUCACGAAAUAAAGUAUCAAAUUAUCACAAGUAGAGUUGAAACUUGACUACCACGGCUAUGAACUAUACGUCAUUGACAACAAAGAAAACGGAAGUCCUUGACACUCACGUCCAUGGACAUCCUUGACAACCACGAACGUUAAUCUCAGCUGGUGACUAAUUAAAAAAUACUUAUCGGAAUCCUCGUCCUCGUAAUGUUGGACAAUAAACAGCUGAUGCAAAAGUGCCUCUUCCUUUUUUGUACAAUAAACAUCGGUUAUAUUGUUGUGUGUAUACCUCAUAUGACAGUUUUAUCGCUGCGUAAACUACAAUAGAUAUAACGUGUAAUAAAGUUAUGUUCUGCAGUAA